AUUAAAUGGAAAACAAACUCCUGCUCAUCAGUUCUCCAGUCACAUGUCGGAGCAGGUUUGGUCAUGAGUCAGAUCUGACAACACAUUCAGUCCUGAGCAGCAGAGCCCAGCUCCUCCACUCCGCCGCUGCCAGGGUUAACGCAAGUGUCAAAAGAACGGGGCUUAAAGACAUUAACUAGGUGAAAGCCAUCUGUCAGCCACAGCGGGGGCUGCCGGGAGAGGGGUGGGUGUGGGGGUGAACGGUGACAUGUGGACGGCACGUCCGUGGCCCUUUAAGAAACUCCAUGUUUUCGCUACAUGAUGCGUCAACAUAAAAAGCGGAUGAUGCUGUUAUGUAAAAACAUGCUGAAGUGAGCCGUAGUUUGCAGGAGCUCUGCUGAACGCUCGGCACGCCGCACUUCGCCCUGUAAACCAGGAUUGUGGUUUAAAGUGAACCGAGUGGUGAUUUUUACGCGUAGCGCACGGAGCAGCGCAGUUUGGAGUAAGAAGAGAGGGAGAGAGAGAGAGAGAGAAAAAAAAAACCCACACAGGCUUCACCCGAUCAACUCAACAUGAGUCGCCUUCCACUCUGUUUUCCUCCUUCACUUGCGGGAAGCGUACACCUGACGCAUCACUCUCUCGUCCUGUGGAAGUGAAAUUUCCUUUGAAAAAAAGAAAAAUCGUCUCUGCUGGGUUAUUUUCCAGUCUUCAAAGCGAGAGUGUAUGGACCCAUCUGAUGAUCCGUGACGAUGCUCGCUGAAGGCCCUCUCUGAGCCGAAGCACGCCAUCGCCGAGACCCUGUGGAUGAAGAGGAGGUGGUGUAUCUGCUCCCGGACACUGAGACCAUGGUUAAAGCUCAGCAGAGUCAGCCAGCGAAAGAUGGGAAGCCCCAGAAGGAGAAGAAGGGAAGCAAGGAAAAAGGAGGCGGUGUGAAAAAGGGGAAGGAGAGAAAGAACGAGCUGAAAGGGAAGAAAAAGAAUGACAAGAAAGAGUCACACCGGCGCAGGAAGAAGUCGCUGGCGGUGGGCGAUGGAGACGCGCUGGACUGCUGCGUCCUGCUCACCCGUCUGGAGGAGAAAGGAGCUCUGGGUAAGGAAAAGGAUGCACCAAAAUCUGGGAAACAAAAGAGUGCUAAAGUCAAAAAGAAGCUGCACCACAGUUCCGCCAUUCAAAGAAGGACCAAAUCUGGACUAAAGAAAACUUCCACAGCCAAUCAACAAGCACUGGAACCAAAAAUCAACCAAUCUGACGCCUUAUUCAUGUUACCUGUCUUUGAGCCCCGCAGGCGGAGAAUGGCCUCUCUGAACGCAGAGGCUGUCAACAGCUUGCUGCUCUACAGACACGAUCCUCUUGUGUCAAAUCUCAUGAAGAAACGACAGUCUUCAUAUGAAGAUCCAGCAAAGGAUAGUCUCGUCAAAGCUGAACACAGAGGUCAGAAAACCAAAAAGGUUUCUUCAGGAGGGAAAGCAGCACUAAAAGAAAAACCUAAAAAACAGAAGCGGUCACGGGUGGAAACUCAUGACAUUGACUGGCUGAGUUUGUUCACGCCAACCCCUCGGCGCCAGGCGGGCCUCACUGCUGCGACGCUGCUCAAACUCACCAGCGCCACGUACGGAACCAAACGGCAAAAGAAGUCAGAGUCCAAGCUGGGGAGCGGAGGUGAAGCAGCAACAGCAGCAGCUAUGACUCAGGAUGAGAUUAGCAGUAAACCUGUGUGCUGUGGGACAAAGCAGACCAAAAGAGCAAUGCAUCCCAAACAUGAGCAACUAAAGCACAGACAACAGGGUACAGAGGAUCCGGUCCACUCCCAGCUGGGCCCUAACAUCCAGGGAUGCUGUAGUUUAUGUAAGACAGAGGCUCUGGAUCCAGAGUGGAAAGGUGCCACGGGAGGGCAGGAGUGUCUCAAACAUGCCCUCCAUUGUGGCUCUACGCUGGGAUUCUCCUUAAAAACAAUCAAAGAGGAGCAGGUGGAGACCGAGGUGUCUUCCUGCUACUGCUGCUCCCAGGACAGGUGUGUCGAGUACUGUCACAGACUGGCCCUCUUCCUGGACGACAAGACCUUCAAGGAGCCGGAGGACGGCUCACUGUCCGACGUGUUCCACCACCACCAUCACCACCAUCACCACCACCAUCACCACCUUCAGUCUCCUCAUUCUGUAGCCCACCCAGCAGCCAUAACCAUCAGCCCGCACACGUACACCUGCUUCCCGAGCUACUAUGUCCACUUCAGCCACCCGGACGCCUCCCCCUCCCCUGUGUCGCCCCUCGCUUUAUGCCCGAGGAGUGGCAAGAGACCCAAGCUGCUCCCCGGCACAGGUUCGCAGCCCUCAGGGAUUAGCCAUCCAGUGUACUGCUGCACCUCAGUGGAGGCGUGCUACGGAGAGCCCUGCAGGAUCAAUGGCUACUCCACCUACACCAGUGUGAUUCCAGCCAUCGCCAGAGGAGGGUGCUCCUUCAGCCCCACAGACUGCACCAACUGUAACCACAGCAUCAAAAGAGAUCCAUCAAAUCUCACAGACCAUCACAGCCCCUCCUCCAUCCCCAUCUCCCCCAGCCCCAGAAUCCUCACUGGCUGCCCCAUUCCCACUGUGCCUCCAGCCGGCCAGUCGGUGCCCCACGUUCAGACUCCGCUGUCUGACCCCAGCCAACCGCAGCCCCCGCUGCAGGUGGCAAAGGAGUGUCCGCAGAGUGCCAAGCCGCCCAGCGGGUCAAGGUCUGGUGCGCGCGGCACCAGCAGCAUCAGCUCGGCUGUCUGCCCUCUCGACAGGGAGAAGAAACAGAAGCUCGGCUCUCCCGGCGUCAGGGAGCGAUCCGUUGCCAAGCAGCCGAAGAAUGGGCGCCAAAAAACCACCAACGGCUGGCAGCCAGUUGGCCUGCCCUUUCAGAAGGAGGUGUUCUCUGUGGGAGAGGAGACUUUGGUGCUGAGGAAGUGUUUUGAGGGAGUCCAGAGGGACGGGGAGCUGAUUCGGGUCAGAGACACUGUUCUGCUGAAAUCUGGACCUAGGAAGAAAUCUCUGCCUUAUGUGGCCAAGAUCUCAGCUCUGUGGCAAGAGCCAGAGACAGGAGAGCUGAUGAUGAGUUUGUUUUGGUACUACCGUCCAGAACACACACAGGGGGGACGCAACCCCAGCAUACAUUGUGAGAAUGAGAUCUUUGCAUCUCGUCACCAGGAUGUGAACAGUGUGGCCUGUAUUGAAGACAAAUGCUAUGUCCUAACAUUGGCACAGUAUUGUCGAUUUUGUGCCUUGGUAAAACGCCGUAGGGAGGGUGUACACGACAGUGCUGCCUCCCUCGUGGUGCCACCCAUUGUUGGCAACGCCAUGCCCACCCACCACUGUGUGCCCGACGACAUCGACCCAGAGCUGGUGUUUUUCAGUCGACACGUCUACGACUUCCGCUAUGGACGCCUCCUCAAGAACCUGCAGUAGCAUCUGACAGGUCAUGACGUGUCAUGCUACAGGACGUGAGCUAAUGUUACUGUGGUUUCAUCCUCCGCGACUUUAAUUAGCCACAAACUUACUUGCUGUCUCUGUGAGAGAGGAACUGGAAAUUUAGGAUGAAGGAGACAUGAGCUUAUUUUGAUUUCAAAUCUCUUGUUCAUACUUAACAUGCCACAUGUUUAUUUAGUAAGAGUACUGGUCUGACAUAUUGUAUAAGAGUUAUUAUGGCAGUGUAAAUGGUCUUUAUCAUACAUGGCUCUCUGGUGUUGUAGCAGCUGUGUGAAGAACCUGGAACGUAACUCUGCUGUAGAAAAUGCUACUGUAGCUCUUAGAAAUGUGACGUUUGGUAGAUAGGAAGAGAGGUUGAUGUUACAUGUGAAUAACGUUUAUAUCUGCCUGCAGAUAUCAGACACACAAAAGUCUCGGUGAUAUGCCAUAGGUAAAGAAAAUCUGAGGCGUAUUGUGCCUAAACAAAGAGAUUUCUUGGUGGCUGAAAACACAUUCAUCGUUGGAUUUCUCUGUUAUCUGCGGCCGAGUGGUGUCCAUAUGAUCUGAACGUAGAAAUGCGCAGUUUUCUACAAGGCACUAUAUAGUGAAGUGUCAUAGAAAAGCUCUAGAUCGAGUAUCUGUGUUCAAGUUGUUUUUAACAUUUCUGGUAAAUGUGCAUAUUCACUUUCUUGACGAGAGGACUGACAUCACGCUCAUGUCUUUACGGUAAAUAUGAAGCUACUGUUAGCAGCUGUUUAGAAUAGCUCAACAUAAAGACUAGAAACAUGUAGAAGCAGCUAGCCUGGUUUUGACAAGAACCAGGCUAGCUGCUUCCCCCUAUUCCAGUCUUUAUGCUAAGCUAUGCUAAUUGGCUGCUGGCUCCAGCUGCAUAAUUAAGACACAGCCAUAAAUCUCAGCAAGAAAGCAAAUAAGCAUGUUUCCCACAAAUUAAUAUACUCUCUUAUUUAACAUUUCCAUUUUCAUAUACAGUGAGUGUAAUUUACUUGUAGGUCUAUGUAGUACACUUUGAACGCAGAAGUGGAGAAAGUUAUUGAUCAGAAGGUUUGAUUAAGUAUACUCAGUUUUAUUAUCACUGAUCGGUUUCAUGCACAGCAAACGAUGAAAUGUGGAAUUUUUUUGGGCUACACCUCUUGUGAGUUUCUAAGAUAAUUAUAGGUUUAGUGUCAUAUCUUUAACUCAGAAAUUCAACCCAGUGGCGACUUUCACACUGUAUAACAAACGUGCACCCUACAAAGAAAGCACAGUUAGGUUUGUUUGGUUUCGCAGUGUGAAGAUGUCCAGCGAGCCGAGCAUUGAGGGGAUUUUUGUUAUGCCAAUGCUUAGGAAUAUUUUACUUUCUCAAAGCUGUUUGCCAGAGGUGUGAUUUUACUUUGGUGUCAGCUAACUGUAUAUUUGCAUUUAUAUGUCUGGAUGAGUGUCUGUUCCUGGCAGAUGGCAUCAGUUAGUCACCUAUAUUCUUGUUUCUUCACCGAUUAGAUGGUGAGUAAUGUAUUCAGUGUAGCAUUUAGAUAUGUGAUAAUGAUUCAUUCCUAUGUUUGAGAGAAGAUAUGUAUUUAUUUCUGUACUGAGAAAAUAUAAUUUAUUUUCAAAAGAUAAUUUUAAAGAAUAGAGUUUAAAAGGAGUGGCUUUCAUUCCUGAUUAGAAAAGUCAAAGAUGUCUCUGCUUAGCUGCACUGUCUAAAAUGAAAAGUGUGAGUCAUUUGCAAUAGUUUUUUCUGUGACUGAUCAAGCUUGCUCACCCAAUACAAGCCUAUUAAAUGUAGUGUUGAGAUGUUGAGGUCCUUGGCAGAUUUGAGGACACAUGUAGAGUAUUUGGAAGGAAAUCAGAUACAGUUUGAAGGACACCUGCUUACAUGUGACCAGAGAUGUUUGCAGGACCAAAACGUACCUUGGCCUCUCCCAGCUUCUUGUUAUUCUCCUUUCAUGUCUCCUCAGAUGAUAAAGCUUUGCCUCUUCACCUUUAAAUGCCGAAUGCUACAAUGAUUUAAACGUACUUUGCCAUUAGCCUGUGCCCUUGAUCUUGCUGCCUUAUAGAACAUUCCCAGCCUUUCAUUUACAAAUGUGUACCAAUCUCAGCCUGGGGUUGUGAAGCUUCUUAGUGUGCUGACUUUGAUUCCUAGAUGCUUGAAAUGCAUCUCAGUUCCAUCUCAUUCAUGUGAUCUGAAACACAAGACUGACUCUUGAUCAAUACUUUUAUUUGGACAAAUGUCUGCACGUUUAAUUCAAACUGAAACUGAUCUUCAGCAUCACACACCUGAAGACUAGAUGGUGGGUAAAAGAAUAGUUUGACAUUUUGAAAAAAAUGGUAUCACUCUCAUAUGUGUCUGCUAAAUAUAUAGAUGCGGUCAGUAGCUGUUAAGCUUAGCUUAGCGUAACAACUGUAAGCAGGCAGAAAUCAGAAAAGGCAACUAAAACCACCUGUCAGCACAUCUAAAGCUCAUGAAUUAACACAUUAUAACUUAUUUAAUCUGUUAAAACAGCAGUUUGCUGGUAGCGGUUUCCUUCUGCUUCCAGCCUCUAUGUUAUGCUAAGCUAGCUAGCAAGUGGCUGUAGCUUCAUAUUUGACGCACAGAUAUGAGAGUGGUCUUGAUCUUUUCAUCUAACUGACUACAAUAACACAUUUUCCAAAGUGUCAAACAUUUCCUUUAAGUUUGUAGUUUUAUCCCUCUCAAAUAACAAAAGCUGUGGUUAGCUUGAUUUGUAACAGUCGAUAUGAAUUUAGUACAAAAAAUCCAUACAGACUCCGUAAACCACUACUUCAGCACAAUCCAACUCUUAACUGUCCAUCUGAAUGCUCAUCAUGUUCCAAACAAUCACAAUUUUUGUCAAAAUAUUGCUAAAGAAACUUUUUGGUAGAGCUUUGUGGAUGGUGAAAGCACAACACAGAGGUGGUGUACUUUGCCACUGGCAGUGAGGAAAUGGAUUAUGCAGGAGUAGUUUUUACUCUGCUUUGAAACUUGUCCCCAUUUAAAUACUUGGUAUUCAACAUGUUGUAAGCUGCCAGCAAUUGCUGUUCUACAUGAAGGAGUAAAGUACAGGCUAUUAAGCCACCUUACAAGCACAGAGAGUGAGUCUGUGAUAUUCAAAAGAUUUUGGGUGGUAUAUCACUUGAAACUGCCCACAUCCUGUCUACUUCUGCUUUGCUCCCUGUACAAAGGGUGGGGUCGAUUAACUCUGUGUGUUAAUUUACAAAAAUAAAAUUCACUAUUAUUAAUUAAUGGAUUAAUAUAUGACUUUCAAACGAGCCUCCUUAGUUGAAUAUAUUCAUAUUGAUUAAUUCAACUCAGUGGGCUAAAAUGGAGAGGUUAGACCCUUUUCAGUAAACCAAAGGUAAUCAGCCUGUAUCAAAAGACCUCUCCACUGAUUGAAACAUUUUAUUGAGUAUAUUUAUGCAUGAUGGAUGUAGCAAAGCCCACACAGCACAAUACUACACAGCAGAAUUGGGUAAACUACAUUUGGUUUAAUUUCAAUUUAAAAUCUCUCUGGGUGUUCUGGAUCAGUGUUAGAAACCAUAGGAAUCACUCAGCAAACUAAUUAUGUUUAAUCAAGAUGUGUGAUACUUAUGUCUUAGUUGGUCCUCUGUGCCUAUUCCCAUUAACCCAUAUAUAUAUAUAUAUAUAUAUAUCUUCCAAGCGGUUCCAUGAAGAGAAGGACGAGCAGUUGCUGUUGUUUUUACUCACCUUCCAAAUGCCUUUCAUUUUUGUCAGAUAACGCUGGUCUGAUCUUGAAUCACCACAAAGAAAUGUCUGCACCAAAAAGAGAGAAGAGAGAGAAAGAGGAGGAUAUUGAAACAUGAAUUAACUUCAUUCCCAGGUGUAAAAAAAAAAAAAAAAAAAAAAAAAACUAAACUUUGGUUCUUCUGAUGUGAAUUUAUGUUCAUAUUCUUUGCAUGGAGUUUUGGAAAUAUCUUGGAAAUAUUAAUCACAGCACAGAUUAUUUGUAUGGUUUCAAAUGGACCUCUGUAAUAUAAGAAAAAUAUUUAAUUGUAAUAAAUAAUAUAUGAGUUUGAA